CACCAAAUGAAAUACAAAGAUCCUCCAUAGGUACAACAAACACAAGCUCUCAAAAAGAAAUUUCAAAAAUCCAUGCUCUCAACGACUGGUCACCAUCCCCUCCAUUUCUAUAUAAACACACCUUUCCCACCCUUUCCAUUCCCACACAACACACCACAAUAUUCCCUAAAUUCCACAUCUACACCAAGUACGAGGACUCAAAAACCUAUCUUUUUUCAUAAAUCCGCCAUGCCUUCAAGAAGAAAAACAAGUGACACCCUCACAUCUCGAAACAAAUACUUAGAUCUUAACUCGAUGAAGGAACUACCCGACUCCCAUGCAUGGAGCGACGACCCGUCUUUCUCAGGCGAGAGUCCCGAAAACAUCCCAGUCGUCGAUCUGAACGACAGGGAUGUAAUCGAGCUCGUCGGCCAUGCAUGCACGGCUUGGGGGAUUUUCCAAGUCCUCAACCACGGCAUACCCCAAGAGUUGCUCGACGAAAUCGAGUCGGCCGCGGGCCGCCUCUUCUCCCUCCCGAUGCACCACAAGCUCCGAGCCGCCCGCCAACCGGACGGCAUCUCUGGCUACGGCUCCGCUCGUAUUUCCUCUUUCUUCUCCAAGAACAUGUGGUCCGAGGGAUUCACCAUUGCCGGCUCCCCUCUCGAACACGCACGCGCCCUAUGGCCCCACGACUACCAAAAAUUCUGUGAUACAAUUGAGGAGUACCGAAAGGCGAUGAACGACUUAGCCACUCAUCUCAUGCGGCUCGUGCUCGGUUCCCUCGGGAUAACGGACACCGAGGCAGACGGGAUCAAGUGGGCAAACACGGGGGAAGCAGGGAGUGCGGCCCUCCAACUCAACUCCUACCCGGCAUGCCCGGAUCCGGGCCGGGCUAUGGGCCUGGCGGCCCAUACGGACUCGACGGUCCUAACCAUCCUCCACCAGAGCAACACGAGCGGGCUUCAGGUGAGGCGGGAAGAUCCGGAGAGGUGGGUGGGGGUGCCACCACUUGGCGGGGCCCUGGUGGUCCACGUGGGCGACUUGCUCCACAUAAUGUCCAACGGGUUGUACCCGAGCGUGGUGCACCGGGCCGUGGUGAACCGGGCAAGGCACAGGCUGUCGGUGGCGUACCUUUACGGGCCGCCCGCGGGUGUGAAGGUGGGCCCGCUGAGGGAGCUGGUGGAUGAUUGCCGCCCGGCUGUGUACAGGGCGGUGACGUGGAGUGAGUAUCUUGGGAAAAAGGCCAAGUAUUUUGAUAAGGCGCUGACGUCAAUGAGAGUGUGUGGGGCCCGCGCGGCGGGUGGGCUUGUCGAUAGGAACGAUCACUUGGUAGCUUGAAAGAGUUAAGUUUUGGAUACUAAUU